UUUAAUAUAAAAACUUUACAUUUUAAAUGGUAUACCUCUGGGGAGAAAUGUGUGAAGAAUUGAUGGAAGUUGGAAAUUUUUAGUUAGUAAUUAACACCUACCAUUAAAAACAAGUGCCAAUCACAUAAUGCCAAAAUGAAUCUAUCACAUACCAUAAUCAAAGAUUAAUCAAAGUAACUACCAGGCAAACAGGGAUGGAAUAGAACUUAAAACCAAUUAAACUAUUUAUUUAGGCUGUACCAGUGAAUAAACAUUUUAGUAUUUUAAUUUGCUCCUCUUUUCAUUUGCUUCAGCAAUAUGUUUGCUAAUAUGGCUGAGAUGCACAAUUGCUAUUUAAUUAACCUAUUUUUGUCAGCACCUCACAUGAGCUUCAUGAAGUAGAUGUGCAAAAGUCUCAAUAAUAAUGAGCCUGAUAAAAAAAACACAAACACAAAAUUUGUGCCAGUCACUUUACAAGUUAUGCCAAAUGUAACAAAUACCUGAAGAAAAAUAGAAGCAGAUUACCUUAUAGAAAUUAGAUUGAAAAUACUUUAAAAACAUGUUGCACCAACACAAAAUUACUCAAAAGUUUAGUAAAAUUUCAAAAAUAUAUAAUUGCCUUGUUUCUCUGUACCCCACUUUGUGUAUCAUUACCAGUAACUAUUGGUAAUGAAUCUAUUGGAGGCCAUGUGUCUGGUUUUGGGAUAAUUGAGUUGAUAGUGAGCACAGAAGGGUUUGGUAGCGCACAUCUUUUACCGAAUCAUGUAUCCUUUGGGAGAGAUACUUUUCUAGCUGUUGAGUGAGGCAUCAUGAUCGUGUUGAUCCUUUUUGCUUUUAUUUCCUAAGACCAGUAUCAAAACCCUAGCACAGUUUGGGUGGUCUUGACCUCAAUGAUACACAUUUAUUCACAAAACAUAACUUAACUGAACAUUUGAAGAGAAGCCUCGCCUUUCUCUACCUUUGGAUAGUAGGAAUGAAGAAAGUAAGAUGGAGAAAUCCACAUUAAAUAUAAAGACUCUUUCCCCAUACAAUCCCAGAGCUCUUUCGAUUGGCACCAUGAAGACAAAACAUUCUGAUUGGAUUUUUGGUUCUUCACUCAGGUGUUUUACUGUGAGGCAGACACAGUUUGUGUACAACUAGAUAAGACCAUUUCCUGGCCAAGUUGUCUUUUCUUUUUCCCACACAUUUAAAAUUUACUCACACUUACAGAGCAGAUGUUUCAAGUUUUCUGAAACAGCUGCUUAGUAGCCAGUUGAUCGUUGGCCCCCAAAGGUAACAAAGACCCCCUGUCCCCAAAUUUGUGCCAGUCAACAUGACUGUAUUUCCUUCCCAUUACCCCACUGCUUUUAUGAAGUGUAAGCACCUUUCUAAUGAAAGUCUAUUUUCUAGAUCUUAGGACAAUAAUAGAAUGUCACAUUGUAAGGGUGUUAAGAGGUCUUCUGCAAAGCCCUUGUGCAGAUAAGAAAACCGAGAUUCACAAAGGUUUAGACCACCUGUUUUUUAUUUGUUUAUGUGUUUGUUUGCAGCAAGAUGAGGAUUAGAACUCAGCUUUCUGACUCUCUCAAUGUUCUCCCUUCUUUAUCAUACAGGCCCCUUAACUACUGGCUGUUUUGCCUGUGGUAGACUUUAAAUGAUCACAUGGGUCCCUUAGUCGCAGCCUUUUCAUGAGUGACACAGGAGCUGAGUCUCCCUUUUUCUAAAAUGGAAUGUUUUCCAUCCUUAACCCAGACUUACUUAACCAGGGUCAAAUUUACAUAAAUAAAUGUCUUUGGGGGCCAGCAGGUAGUAUAUCUGGGCAAAAGCAUGUGUGGCAACAUUUUGAUAAAGUGCAGAACAUAUGUUCUGUUUAAAAAUGUUAACAUUCAAAUUCUCAAAUCACUCUCUUACCAAACCAAGCAUAUCCACAGGCUACCAGUUUAUAAACCCUGACUGCAUCACGAUGCAGAGUAAGGAAGAGUGUUCUUACAGUUAUGCAAAUAGGAUCCACAUCACCAGUUUCUUUUAGAAUACUGGAUGUCUGGAGUGUGCCAUGCCAAACCCUCUUGCUUUGAAUGCCCUGGACUUCUAGUACGCAGUGAAAAGGCACAACUUUGGGGACAUAAAACACCCCUGUUCAGGCAGUCUCCCCAGAGACUGUGAAAAGAACUUAUAUGUGCAGGUCGCAUAAAAUCCGUAGGAGAGAUGGUGCUACUGCCUGUAACCUUUCUGGGGGCUGCUGAGAAUCCCUAACAGACAAACCAAAUCAUAGGGCAAAUCCACCAUAUGUACCGAACAACCAGUGUAAUUAUAUUCUGUAGUUGAGGAAUUACAUAAAUUGCCCAUUGGGAAAGAAGCCUUAAUCUCCACCCCUCCCCCAAAAUCUGCAAACAGCUGUGUGAGUCUCUGUAUUUUUGAAAGCUUGAAUACAUCUGAUCAGUGAAUCAACUUGAUUUCCUAAUCAGGUUCGAUGUGAGGAGAGCCAGUUAGAGAUGUGUGUGUGAUUCUCCCAGCGUGCGUCUUUGAUUCGUGCACUAAUUAUGUCGAUCCUUUGGGGAACACAGCCAGGAAGCUGGGUCCUCCUUGAUUAAUGCUGGCAGAGAGCCAUGCAGCGCACAGCGGAGGGCAGUUCAGCAUCUCUAGUCCCAGCUGAGAAUAUGGUCCCAUUAUCUCCCAGCUGCCUAAGCAAUCCAUAAGGGCCUGUUCUGCGUGGAUGAUCAGUGUAGUGGAAGCAGGGACUUGCUGAGAGCUGAAAUCUCUGUUUGAUUUGCUGUAACAUGUAAAGCGAAACUGGGACAUUUUACUUUACAGUCUGUAAGUACCAGGCUUUUCCCCCUCUUUCUCCCUACAGCUCCAUGUGAAUGUGACUUUGCAAGCCGCAUUUGAUUUUCUGUUCCAUUGCUCUUUGUUGAAUAAAGCUGGUGAGAUAGAGUGUAAUCUGUUUAGAGCCUGCUGUUUCUGUUUAAUCUCUUAUAUAAUUGAUUCAUAUAAGGAAAUAGGAGCCUUUCAGAAUGCUUUUAUAGAAGUUAGAAAUUAUUGGCUUUGUUUUUAAUUUGGAAGUGUGGUUGCACUCUCUUUGGUGCCAGGAUGAUUAGAGCAUAUAUUUAUCUUCUUCUGUACCUCUGGCCAUUGCAAGAAAAAUAUUAAAGGUUAUACAAAACUUAAGAGAAGCAGCAAUUCUAUUCACUUGUUAUUGGACUUGAAACUCCCUUUGACCUCGGAAACUGAAGAUGAGGUUGCCAUGGGAACUGCUGGUACUGCAAUCAUUCAUGUUGUGCCUUGCAGAUGAUUCCACACUGCAUGGCCCGAUUUUUAUUCAAGAACCAAGUCCUGUAAUGUUCCCUUUGGAUUCUGAGGAGAAAAAAGUGAAGCUCAAUUGUGAAGUUAAAGGAAAUCCAAAACCUCAUAUCAGGUGGAAGUUAAAUGGAACAGAUGUUGACAUUGGUAUGGAUUUCCGCUACAGUGUUGUUGAAGGCAGCUUGUUGAUCAAUAACCCCAAUAAAACCCAAGAUGCUGGAACGUACCAGUGCACAGCAACAAACUCGUUUGGAACAAUUGUUAGCAGGGAAGCAAAGCUUCAGUUUGCUUAUCUUGACAACUUUAAAACAAGAACAAGAAGCACUGUGUCUGUCCGUCGAGGUCAAGGAAUGGUACUACUGUGUGGCCCGCCACCCCAUUCUGGAGAGCUGAGUUAUGCCUGGAUCUUCAACGAAUACCCGUCCUAUCAGGAUAAUCGCCGCUUUGUUUCUCAGGAGACUGGGAAUCUGUAUAUUGCCAAAGUAGAAAAAUCAGAUGUUGGGAAUUAUACCUGUGUGGUUACCAAUACUGUGACAAACCACAAGGUCCUGGGGCCACCUACACCACUAAUAUUAAGAAACGAUGGAGUGAUGGGUGAAUAUGAGCCGAAAAUAGAAGUGCAGUUCCCAGAAACAGUUCCAACUGCAAAAGGAGCAACGGUGAAGCUGGAAUGCUUUGCUUUAGGAAAUCCAGUACCAACUAUUAUCUGGCGAAGAGCUGAUGGAAAGCCAAUAGCAAGGAAAGCCCGAAGACAUAAGUCAAAUGGAAUUCUUGAGAUCCCUAAUUUUCAGCAGGAAGAUGCUGGUUUAUAUGAAUGUGUGGCUGAAAAUUCCAGAGGGAAAAACGUAGCAAGGGGACAGUUAACUUUUUAUGCCCAACCUAAUUGGAUUCAAAAAAUAAAUGAUAUUCACGUGGCCAUGGAAGAAAAUGUCUUCUGGGAAUGUAAAGCAAAUGGAAGGCCUAAACCUACAUACAGGUGGCUAAAAAAUGGUGAACCUCUGCUAACUCAGGAUAGAAUUCAAAUUGAGCAAGGAACACUCAACAUAACAGUAGUGAACCUCUCAGAUGCUGGCAUGUAUCAGUGUUUGGCAGAGAAUAAACAUGGAGUUAUCUUUUCCAAUGCAGAGCUUAAUGUUAUAGCUGUAGGUCCAGAUUUUUCAAGAACACUCUUGAAAAGAGUAACUCUUGUCAAAGUGGGAGGUGAAGUUGUCAUCGAGUGUAAGCCAAAAGCAUCUCCAAAACCUGUUUACACCUGGAAGAAAGGAAGGGACAUAUUAAAAGAAAAUGAAAGAAUUACCAUUUCUGAAGAUGGAAACCUCAGAAUCAUCAACGUUACUAAAUCAGACGCUGGGAGUUAUACCUGUAUAGCCACUAACCAUUUUGGAACUGCUAGCAGUACUGGAAACUUGGUAGUGAAAGAUCCAACAAGGGUAAUGGUGCCCCCUUCCAGUAUGGAUGUCACUGUUGGAGAAAGUAUUGUUCUGCUGUGCCAGGUAACACAUGAUCACUCGCUAGACAUCGUGUUUACUUGGUCAUUUAAUGGACACCUGAUAGACUUUGACAGAGAUGGAGACCACUUUGAAAGAGUUGGAGGGCAGGAUUCAGCUGGUGAUUUGAUGAUCCGAAACAUCCAACUGAAGCAUGCUGGGAAAUAUGUCUGCAUGGUCCAAACAAGUGUGGACAGGCUCUCUGCUGCUGCAGACCUGAUUGUAAGAGGUCCUCCAGGUCCCCCAGAGGCUGUGACAAUAGAUGAAAUCACAGACACCACUGCUCAGCUCUCCUGGAGACCCGGGCCUGACAACCACAGCCCCAUCACCAUGUAUGUCAUUCAAGCCAGGACUCCAUUCUCCGUGGGCUGGCAAGCAGUCAGUACAGUCCCAGAACUCAUUGAUGGGAAGACAUUCACAGCGACCGUGGUGGGUUUGAACCCUUGGGUUGAAUAUGAAUUCCGCACAGUUGCAGCCAAUGUGAUUGGGAUUGGGGAGCCCAGCCGGCCCUCAGAGAAACGGAGGACAGAAGAAGCCCUCCCCGAAGUCACACCAGCAAACGUCAGUGGUGGCGGAGGCAGCAAAUCUGAACUGGUUAUAACCUGGGAGACAGUCCCUGAGGAAUUACAGAAUGGUCGAGGCUUUGGUUAUGUGGUGGCCUUCCGGCCCUAUGGUAAAAUGAUCUGGAUGCUGACAGUGCUGGCCUCUGCUGACGCCUCCAGAUACGUGUUCAGGAAUGAGAGCGUGCGCCCCUUCUCUCCCUUUGAGGUUAAAGUAGGUGUCUUCAACAACAAAGGAGAAGGCCCUUUCAGUCCCACCACAGUGGUGUAUUCUGCAGAAGAAGAACCAACCAAACCACCAGCCAGUAUCUUUGCCAGAAGUCUUUCUGCCACAGAUAUUGAAGUUUUCUGGGCUUCCCCACUGGAGAAGAAUAGAGGACGAAUACAAGGUUAUGAGGUUAAAUAUUGGAGACAUGAAGACAAAGAAGAAAAUGCUAGAAAAAUACGAACAGUUGGAAAUCAGACAUCAAUAAAAAUCACGAACUUAAAGGGCAGUGCGCUCUAUCACUUAGCUGUCAAGGCAUAUAAUUCCGCUGGGACAGGCCCCUCUAGUGCAACAGUCAAUGUGACCACGAGAAAGCCACCACCAAGUCAACCCCCCGGAAACAUCAUAUGGAAUUCAUCGGACUCCAAAAUUAUCCUGAAUUGGGAUCAAGUGAAGGCCCUGGAUAAUGAGUCGGAAGUAAAAGGAUACAAAGUCUUGUACAGAUGGAACAGACAAAGCAGCACAUCUGUCAUUGAAACAAAUAAAACAUCGGUGGAGCUUUCUUUGCCUUUUGAUGAAGAUUAUAUAAUAGAAAUUAAGCCAUUCAGUGAUGGAGGAGAUGGCAGCAGCAGUGAACAAAUUCGAAUUCCAAAGAUAUCAAAUGCCUACGCACGAGGAUCCGGGGCUUCCACUUCAAAUGCAUGCACGCUGUCAGCCAUCAGUACAAUAAUGAUUUCCCUCACAGCUAGGUCCAGUUUAUGACAAAAGUUAUCUCAAGGACUUACUGUUUAUACUAUAAGCAACAUUUAGCUAGUUGUUUUGAAGACACCCAGUACUAAGUAAUAUUGUUGUUCAAGUACAUCUUAUUACUGGAAUAAAAAUGUUUUUUGCUUCUUUAGGAAUGGCAUUAUACAGUACUUCCUCAAAGCAAAUCUAGCUUUGUCUGAAGUUUCUUUGGAAACUCUGCAAUGCACUGAAGACAUCUGUAAUAUGAUGUUACCAAAGCAGUUUACAUAUGUCCUUAUAUGCAUAUUUUUUAUUAUAUAUUUAGUGUUUUAUAGAAUUUUUUAAAGUUAACAUAUAAUGUAGAUAUUAAUUUUUUCCUCAGCUGUAAAAUGCUAUGGGCAACAGAAUCAUGCAAUUAUGAUUUGAAAAUAUUUCCUUUAAAGACAGAGUUUGAAAUUCAUCUUAGUAAACAAACUGCAAAUUACUCGUACAGUUUUACAAGGAUCUCGUGGCAGAACAGCUGAAGACUUGGUCUAUAACUCAAGGCUGCUGUAUGCAAAUUACUCUUCAAGUGGUUAAUGCAUUGAAUCAAGUCCUUUUGACAUAUACUAUAUGUUUUCUCAUGCCGUUGUGAAUUUUGUUGUUCAACACAACUUGAGAUGGUUUCAGGAAUGGCUGCAAUCUCAAAAGCUAAAUUUACUGCCCAAGAGGCACCUUGUGCAAUAUUCCCAUCCCUGAAUUUAGCAUUGUACAGUAAGAUUUUCUUUACACUCAACUAAGUUAGCAUUGUCUUUGUAGUAGCAUUAUCUUAGACAUUAAAUUUAAAGUAAAAUAUCCUGUAGUAACAUAGACCAAAAGUUACUAUAGUUAACCAAGUCUUUCAAAGGAUAAAAGAUAAUUUUAUUAUCUUUAACUGUAUCUAUUUUGAAUGUAAAUUUUAAAAAAGUAAUUCUCUGUCAAUGGAUUCCUAAUUUCUUUAAAAAUUUCUUAUAUAUAUUAUGUGUAUCUCUGUAAUAAUAGAGCCCUCCUUUUGAAUCAAAAUUACAUAUGGAGUUUGGAAGAUUUCACCUAUUUCAACAAAUAGUUGCUGCAAGAAUUUUUAAUAUGACUCUAUAAAAGAUCUUUAGUACAAUUGUAUGGUUUCUUGAUGAUUCUGUUUUGCAAUAGGUAGCCUAGUUGCUUUAUACGCUUUACCUUCUAAGUCUUAAAAUCACACAUUGGAAAAUGACAAUAUCAACAAAACUGUAUUCUUAUGAAAUGAACUAUUUGUUAUAAUGGGAAAGGUUUUGUAAGCCAAUGCUAGUGGAACAGUGACAUAAAAGGCAAUGAAAUUUUCUAUAAACAUUUUCACAUGUAAACACGCUGCCACAAUUUCUUCUUUCUCAGAGAACUCAGAUUUGCUGUAAUUUGUCAUUUUUGCUUACAAAUAAUAUAACUUAGUUUUUCAAACUUCUAGUUAUAUUUAUCCAAUAAAAUCAUAAUCAGGAUUCCAUUUGUGUAAAAAUUAGCGUGGUAACUGGAAAAAAAAUAUUGUCAGUAUUUCAAGCUGUGUUCCUUUCUUAAUUUAAUAUGAUUACUUCUAUGUUAAAAUAAAAUGAAAUUUAAAAUCACAUGCAAAAAAAAUCAACAAAAUAAUAAAAUGAAUGAAAAAAAGAUGACACCCCAGGGAGUUCCCAACCCCAGUGUAAAUGAUAUUUACCAGUGAUAUAGCAUAUGUAAACUUUUUUUAAAGGUAUUGUUAAUAAAUAUUCUCUCAUUUGUAAAGAUA